UCAGUUAUUAUGUAAUUUUCGUCGUAUUUGUACGCGAGCAACACAAUUUUUCGUUCUUUCUCCCGGACUUGUCACUUACUUGUCUCGAGCACAGAGUUGUCUCAAUAAAUUGACCGGAUUUGACCCAAAUAUGGCCGGACAAAAGAAGAAACUUCACUUCGUGGAAAAUUUUGGACUGAGUGGUGCUGCAGCAGUUAUCUCCAAGACAGCAGCCGCCCCUAUUGAACGAGUGAAACUUCUUGUUCAAAACCAGGAUGAGAUGAUAAAGGCUGGGCGACUGGAUACACCUUACAAAGGCGUCAUAGACUGCACUGUCAGGACCUACAAAGCAGAAGGAGCUAUUUCUUUUUGGAGAGGUAACCUCGCCAACUGCAUUAGGUACUUCCCAACCCAGGCUCUCAACUUUGCAUUUAAAGACCAGAUCAAAGCCCUUUUCAAGCCAAAUAGAACUGACUCUUAUGCUGUGAAGUUCAGCAAGAACAUUGCUUCUGGCGGUGCAGCUGGAGCUAUGUCAUUGUUCUUUGUGUACUCCCUUGACUACGCCCGAACUCGUCUGGCAAAUGAUGCUAAGUCAAAAGGGACUGAGCGCCAAUUCAAUGGCCUCAUUGAUGUUUACACAAAGACACUGAAGAGUGAUGGCAUUGUUGGACUCUACAGAGGCUUUGUGAUAUCUUGUGUGGGUAUCAUUGUGUAUCGAGGUUUCUACUUUGGCUUGUACGACACCCUGAAGCCAAUGCUGCUUGGAGAUGAUGCCUCACUGGUGCUCUCAUUCCUUCUGGGUUAUGGUGUGACUGUUAGCUCAGGCCUAGCUUCAUACCCAAUCGACACCAUACGCCGACGCAUGAUGAUGACAUCUGGGCAGGCAGUAAAAUACAAGGGCUCCAUUGACUGUACCAUCCAGAUCUUGAAAAAUGAAGGCUUCAUGUCCUUGAUGAAGGGUGCCGGAGCUAACGUCCUGCGUGGUAUGGCUGGAGCUGGUGUGUUGGCUGGCUUUGACAAGCUUAAGGCAGUGUACGUGAGCUGGCGUUUUGAUGACUAAGAUCCUGAUUUAGACACAGUUUCAACUGUUACAAGACUGAAAUAUCCUGCUUUGUAAAAGACACUUGGUUAUCUCCUGGACAGUAUCUAAACUACCACUGUGUAAAAAUAAUGCUGGACUGACACUUUGCAAGAUAAGAGUUCAUCUCAUUUAUUUGAAGAUGUAUAUUUUCUAAAAAGUAAAGUCAAGUUAAAACUUGCAUUUUGUCAGACCGGUUUCUGCACUUAAUAAUGACAUGGUCA